AUGAAACCAACAUCAUCAUCAUCAUCAUCAUCUCUAACUGAAAAUACAGAAAAAAAGAAACGUUUAUCAACAACAAUAAAACGAAAACAUAUUAAUUCUCCAUCAAUAUCAAUAAAAAUAAAAAAAGAAGAACAAGAUAUAUCAAUGAUGUCAUCAACAAAUAAUAUAUAUCAAUCACAAUCAUCAUUUACAUAUUUAUUAUCAUGUUCAAAUGUUAUCUCAAAACAUUUAUAUAAUACAAUAUUAUUAUCUCCUGCACGUCCAUCAUCAUCAUCAUCACCUAAUAUUCCUAUUUCACCGCCAUCAUUUUCUCAAUUUACAAUUAAAAAUCCUUUGAUUGUACAAUCAUCAACAAAACAAAAUCGAAAAUCAACUCCAUUACCUACACAUGUCAUUCAUCCAUCUCGAAUAAAUAUUCAAAAUGUAAUGAUACCACAUGAUCCAAUGGUAAAUCUACAAUUAUAUCUAAAUAUAUCAUCAUCAUCACCAUUACAAUUAUAUGAUGAAAAAAUUAAAGAAUCAUCAUCAUCUGAAAAUUAUUCUCAACAUCUACAGACCAAUGGAAUAUCUUUACAUCAUUCAUAUGUUGGAUCAUCACCAUAUCAAUCUUCAUCAUAUAUUUCACAAUAUCCAAUACAUUCAUCAUCACCAUCAUCAUCAAUUCUAACAAGUUUAUUAUAUCGUUUUCUUUCAAAUAUUGAUCGAUUCGAACCAGAUUUUUGUUUUCCACAACAAAUAUCUUCACCAUUAAAUGAAUCAAUUCGUUAUACACAAUCACCACAAUUUGAUCAUUUACCUGUGCCAAAUCCUACUUCAUUAAUUAUAAAUACACCAAUAACAUCGCCAUAUUCAAAUCCACCUACUAGUCAUAGUUCACCAUUAUCUCCAAAUCAAAAGUGCAAUAAAGAUAAUAAUAGUAUGUAA